GGAGAAUUCACCGCCCCAGCCCCAUAGUGAUACAACCUCAUCAACAUAAACAACUACAAUAUACUACAUACCAUUUGUACGGUACAUAAACUCGAAUAUCAAGAAAAUGGCCUCUCCCUCAACAACACAACGCCUCCUCCGCGAAUUCAAAGACUACACUAAAUCCCCUAACGAAGCUCUCCUGCACCUCGGCCCAAUCGACGAAGAUGAUCUGCUACACUGGGAGGCUGUGUUAAAGGGUGUCAAGGGGACGCCGUACGAGGGCGGUCUCUGGUCCCUAAACAUAACCAUCCCCCCGAACUACCCCCUCACGCCUCCCACAAUCCGUUUCCGCACACGCAUCUCCCACCCCAAUAUCUCGUUUACAACAGGCGAGAUUUGUCUCACGCUAUUGACCACGGAGCACUGGAGCCCGGUGUAUACGCUGUCGACGACAUUGACGGCGAUUCAGCAGUUGUUGACGGACCCGAGGCCCGAGAGUCCGUUGAAUGUGGAUGUGGCGGCGUUGUUGAGGGAUGGGGAUUACGUGGGGUGGGAGAGUGUGGUUAGGUUUUGGACGGAGGAGGAGAGGUGGGUUGGGGAGAGUUAGUCGCGUGUUGGAUGGAGUAUCGUUUAUGGAUUGUGUGUACAUGUGUGGAUCAUACCCUGUUGGACUGUUUAUAUUGGAGGAUAAUACAACUAUUUAUAUCAUACUGCUGGAGGAUAAUAAAUCAAAUUUAUA